CAGUGGUGAUAAAAUUCCGAUAAAAUUUGUAAAUAUUCAAUUGAUAUCGCAACAUGGCUUCAAAUUUUUGCACCUUAUCAUUAGGCCAGCUUAAAACGGAGCUAAGGCGACGCAAUGCAAAGUUGACUGGACGGAAGAAGGAAUUAAUCGAAAGACUGGAGGCAUAUGACAGAAACCAGAAUUUCAACAGGGAAGAAGAUCUUCUACCAGAAUUCAACAUGAGCCUGCCCAAGACUAGUGGAUACAGAGAUGUAAAUUCAGAUGCUAAAAUGGCACCAAUAACAAUGGAGAAGGCCAUCGAAUACAUGGACCAGUACCGGGUGGAGUUUGAUGGGAAGGUAAAAGACCUGUACGACGACAAGUUUCUUCUAUACAUGCGACUGUUUUCGACACCAUCUCUGGACUUUGUUCGUGGGGCAUGUAAAGCAGAAAUGAGGAAGAAGGUUAAUUAUGUUGUAGACAUUUCUUUACACAAGAAUGGAUAUAUUCAUGAAGCACAGUGUGAAUGUGGUGCAGGAGAAGGCCCAUUUGGACAUUGCAAACAUAUUAGAACUAUGAUAUAUGCAUGUUGUAAAUUUGUUAAAGAUGGAGAAUUUAAAGUUGAGACAACAUGCACAGAAAAAUUGCAGUCAUUUCACAAAGCAAAAAAGCAUACUGGUUCCCCCCUUAAGGCACGAGAUUUAAACUUGGGCGGUGCAGAUAUUUGUGACAUUAAAGAUUUUGACCCUCGGCCACAAAAAUUCCGUAAAGUUGAUGGAUAUCAAGACUAUUUUCACAAUAUUUGUAUGAAUUUUAGGGGUAUAUCAAAGACACCAAUUUUUCAGACAUUCAGCCCAGCCAAUAUUCGUGCAAUUUCCAAUGACCAUGAUUAUUUUGAAGUAUCUCAUGAAGACAAUUUCCUGGAACAAUGUAAAAUAACCAAACUAAGUGACAAGGACAGGGAUGACAUUGAAAUGUAUACUAGGGGACAAAACAAGAACGACCGAUGGUUUGAAGAACGAGAGAAAAGAAUUCAGUCAUCUAAUUUUCACCGUGUGUGUACCGCAACAGAAAGAACUGACUUACAUGACUUGGCAAAGUCCUUUGUUCGGGGAAAAGGAUUAAAACCUACAGAAGCAAUGCGCCAUGGAAUUCAGUAUGAAAAGGACGCCAUCCAUCAAUAG